AUAGUCUCUGUGAAUUAUCUUUGAUUUUUCUAUAUAAAGUAUUUAAUAAAAGUUUGGUGAUGUUUAGACUAUUGAUUCAAUGUUGAAGUGAUUGAGUAAGGUGCCAAGUUUGUGAAUGAAUACCCGCGUUGCGGCAAAGAAGAACAAACGGACGAAAUUAAGAUUUCAGGAAGAAGAAUACAGGAAGAAUUUAUAAAAACUGCAAUAUAAAGAAAUCACUAGGAAAAAGGAACAAAAUUUGAUAAGUCAAUUUGAUUAAAAUAAAAAUUGUUUGGAACGCUUGAAAAUGAAGGGUGCCGUUAUAGACAAGAUCUCCUCUUUCUUGGGUGAAUUGGUCGGCACGGCCAUACUCGUAUUUUUGGGCUGUAUGGGUUGUGUGAAAAAUGAUUCUUUUCCCAAUAAUCAUUUGCAAAUGGUACUAAAUUUCGGUUUGGUCAUUAUGAUUGCAGUACAGUGCUUUGCCUGUGUCUCUGGUUCUCAUUUAAAUCCCGCAGUCACAUUGGCCGCUUUUAUAUAUAAAAUGAUUUCGUUACCAAUGGCAGCUGUCUACGUAGUAGGACAAAUGCUAGGCGGUUUCAUUGGGUAUGGUUUACUGAAACUUGUGUUGCCGGACAAUGCAAUUAAUGUAAAAGGAGCAGAACAUGGCCUCUGUGUAACAGUGGUACAUGACGAUCUUAGUGGUGCACAAGGUUGCGCUAUUGAAGCCAUAAUCACUGGAAUUUUGGUUUUAGUUUGCUGUGGCGUUUGGGAUCCACGUAAUGCCAAAUUCCAUGAUUCCGUUCCAAUUCGUUUCGGUUUGGCAGUUGCCUGCUUGGCUUGCUCAGGGGGACCAUUCACCGGUGCCAGCAUGAACCCCGCCAGAUCAUUUGCUCCUGCAUUGUGGAACUUUGAUUUUACAGAUCAUUGGGUUUACUGGGUUGGUCCAUUGAUAGGCUCAGCAAUCGCUGCAUAUUCUUUUAAAAUUGUCUUCAGACGUGAAGCACCCGAAGAAAAGCCCAACAACAAACUUCGCGCCAUGGAAGAAGUGCCACUCUCCUAAAGUUAUUGCCAAAGAACAAACUAUUGCCAAUGCAGUUCUCAACGAAUAAUUAAGAGAACUCAUCUUAAAGAAAAAAAUAAAAAUAACAAUAAUACUUAUGUUACAAUUCUAGCACUUAAGUCCACAAAGAAUUUUGCACAUAACCUUUGUUGUUAUGUUAGUUUAAAUAAAAACAAUUAUAAAGAUUUAAGCAAAUUAUUACUAAAUAAAAAAGUAAAUAGAAAUUUAAAAUCCAGGCCAAUUUGUGCGCAAUUGUGGCCUUUAAGACACAACCAGCGACAUAAAAAUAUGUAAAAAAUUAACUGAAUUGUUUCAUUGUUACAUUGUUACAUUUAACAAACUCAUUAACCCUAAUAUUUUGGAAUAUUUAAUAUAACAAGCAAAUAACAUUAAUACAAUAUUUAUAUGUA